GUGUCCGGUUUGAAAGAGCUGCAGUGAUCCCUGGCGGAGGGUGAGCCCCGCUGCCCCGCAGUAGCAGGGCUGCGAGAGGUGUUGCGCUGGGCUCCGGGGCGGACUUGCCCCCUCCCCCCGGGGGUUUGAGCGGGAAUUGGACGGGCAGCCGCCCAGGAGAUCUGACCGUGGGCCGCUGUGGGAGCAGGUGAGCGGCUGGGGGAGGGGGGAGGGAAUCGCAAACCGGCGAGUGGUUAGCAACAUGAGGGGCUCCGGCUUCCGGCCGCUCGCCUCGCUGCUGCUGCUGCUGUGGCUGCUGUGUGACCGCGGGACGUUCUCGGCGGCGGGGAGAAAGAGGCAGCUGAGACCCGCCGCCGGAGCUCAGGGACCGGGCAGGACUCCCCAGCCAGGAGGUCCCGCCAGCGCACGCAGGACGACGGUGCAGAGAGACGACAGCAGGUCGCUGACAGGACGGAGCAGGCACCUCGGCUACCCCGUCAGGGGGUCCCGUUCGGGGAUGGUCCGGGACACAAGCAGAGCGGCGCGGAGCCGGGUGGCCCGUGUCCCAGCUUCGGGCACCCCCACCCUGCUGUCCGGGAUGGUGGGCAAGCAACGGCUGUGGGUCAUCUCGGCUCCCCACCCCUCGGACGGUUACUACAGGCUCAUGCUCAGCCUCCUCAAGGACGAUGUCUACUGCGAGCUGGCGGAGAGGCACAUCACCCAACUGGUACUGUUCCACCAGGAGGGAGAGGUGGCCGGAAAAGUCAGGAAGAUCAGCAGCGAGGGGAAAAUCCUGGAGGAACCUCUGGACGCCAAGACCGUCCUCAAGCUGCUGGACUUCCUGAAACUGGAGAGGGGUAAAUUUAGCAUGGUCUUACUGAAGAAGAACCUGCAGUUGGAAGAAACGUACCCUUACCCAGUGAGACUGGAGGCGAUGUACGAAGUCAUUGACCAGGGUCCCAUUCGGAAGAUCGAGAGGCUGAGGCAGAAAGGCUUUGUGCAGAAGUGUAAGGAAGCCGGUGUAGAAGGGCGGGUGGUUGGAGCCGACGAAGGGGAGAAGAAGAAAGUGGAGCAGCCCAGGCCAACGCCAAAGAACGAGAAUACCGAGGUGACCCUUCCAAAGGAGACCAAAGAAAGAGCUCCAGAGAAAAAGAAAAAGCCCACAGUGAGGAGGCCCAUCAGGAUAUCACUGAACACACAUGGAGGUUCUAAAAUCGUUAGGACAACUACUGUGCCCAGAACAACCCCAACCAGAUCUCCUACAACCAUCAGCACUACCACAACCACUGCCACUCCCAGCACCAUCAUUGUUCCCUCCACAACAAGUGCUGAGAGACAGUCGUUCACAAGGUCUCAUGUAAUGUUUUCUCCAUGGCCGCCAAGGUUCCACAGACCUCCACUGGUUGCUGAGACUCCUUCAGGGUCUUCAACUGAGGCUAACUCGCACAGAGAUGGGCAUCGGGCAGCGAGCCUCCCUGGUGGCAGCAAAUCGCUGCAGGAGCCUACCCCAGGAACAACAACCACUAGGCCAGGUUAUACAAAAGUACAGACUAGUAGAAAGAAGUACAGUCAGGCAGACAAAAAAGAGGGGAAUUAUCGCCAGAAGGGCCUGCCAGUGGCACCUGUCCAACGCAAGCCUACCAAAGUCAAGUCCCCAAAAUCAAAAACUACAAAUAAUAAAAUCCUAACAAAUGAGUAUGAGGAUAAAUAUCAGCCUGAGAAAGUCUCAUCCUCAAACACCAGGCAAGUGGUCGAGGUGGAACAUGGACCUCAGAAAAAUGAGAAGGAGCAGAAAAAGCCUAGCAAGACUGAAAAGAAGAAGAAGCCUGUGAAGAAUAAAAAAACAGGGAAGAAAGUCAAACCCUUGCAGAAAACUAAACCUACAAAGGAAAUUAGUCACAAUAAUAAAAAACCCAAGAAGACAAUCAAGAAAGGGGUUUUUAAACAACCUAAGAAGAUUCCAGGAGCAACAAAGUCACUGGCAUCUAUUCUCAGCUACUAUGAAAAUAGGCGACGACUAGUACUUAUCACCUCUCCAAAUGACCAAAACAACAUGUAUGAACAGCAGCGAGAUGAAUAUUUAGAGCACGUCUGCGAAAUGGCAUUAAGAAAAAUCUCAAUCAUCACCAUUUUUGGGCCCUUGAGUAACAGCACGAUUAAAAUUGAUCAUUAUCAGCUGGACAAUGAGAAGCCAGUGAAAGAUAUAAGGUACAAUGACCUGGAUCAAGUUAUCAUCACUGAACUUCGCAAGGAGUAUGGGUUAACUGAGAAUGAGUUCUUCAUGGUACUAACUGAUUUAGACAUGAAAGUAAAGCAACACUAUGAAGUACCAAUUGCAAUGCAAGCUGUCUUUGAUUUGAUUGACACCUUUACAACAAGGAUCAAAGAGAUGGAACAGAAGAAAGAAGGAUUACAAUGCAAGAAGGAAGACAAACCAAGAUCACUAGAAAAUUUCUUAUCCAGAUUCCGUUGGAGAAGACGUUUAUUUAUUAUUUCUACUCCAACUGAUGAAGAAUGGGCUUAUCAACAUCAGCUUUAUGCCUUAAAUUCACAAGCUUGCAACCUAGGUUUACGCCAUUUGGGUCUGAAGUUGAUGGGUGUGGGUACUGAUGUUGGAGGUUUGGAACUCUAUCCUAUUAAUGGAACUGCAACUGUUGAUCGUGAGGAUCUCUCACAGUCCUUGGUAAAAGACAUAAGGAAUUAUUAAGUGAGCCCAGAGUAUUUCUCAAUGCUCCUGGUUGGUAAGGAUGGAAAUGUCAAGUCAUGGUAUCCAACCCCAAUGUGGAAUAUGGCCAUUGUGUAUGACCUCGUUGUCAUGCAGCUCCGUCGACAGGAAAUGGCUAUUCAACAAUCCUUGGGUAUGCGUUGCCCAGAGGAUGAAUAUGGAUAUAGUUACCAUGGUUACCAAGAUGGAUCUCAUCAACAAGGUCACUAUGGUGGAUACCCUUACUAAAAAACAAAUUGUGGCAUUUGGGUUUGAAUGCCGUAAAGUCCAUGGACCAAGUUUUGUUAAAGCAUCCUAAAUUUGAUACUGAUUGGAGUUUUAUAUAAUUACUGAACAUACUCCGCCACUAGCCAUCAGGGAAAAAUGUCAAUUUUCAGUUACAUUUUGGACAUAUUGAAAGACAAAUCUCUAAAUUCUGUUGAUUUAAAGAACAAAUAGUAGCUACAGAAGCCAUAUAGUUGUCAGCCUUUUGCAAGAAAAUUUUAUAGCUGAUACUUAUAAUGGAAAGUAUGUAUAUCCAUAAUUAGAGGUGUUUUUGUUCUGCAUAUUUAUUAUGUAUUAAAGGGAGAAAGAUUUGCAUCAAUUUUAAGGAAUCAAAUAGAAAUAGUUGGUCUCCUACUGUAUAAAUUAGACACAACCAGAAACGUUCCUCUGAAUUUUCAAUGUGUAUCAACUGAGAUGUAUUUACACUGACACAAAAUUUCAAAAGAAUUCAGCAAAAAUGAAACCAGUCUGAAUAACACAUGUUUUAGAUGUUAGUGAGAACUGCUGCGUGCAAAAGAUGCGUAACAUUUCAAAUAUAGAUUUGGACACAACUUACAGAUCACUUGUGAUAAAUAAUACUUGUUUUAUCUAAGAAAGAAAAAAAAUGUCUGCACUAUGAAAAUAUCCACACCAUCAAUGUGAAGGGCUUAUAAGAAUGACAUACUCUUGGCUCUGCAUUACAUCUAACACACAUUUACAAAGAAAGGCCUAUACAAAGCUUGGACUAGAAGCUGUGUACUGGGUACAGACAUUUUUCAAAUUAAACUACACUGUGAGCAGUAUGACAGAAUCAUAUGAAACCACAGGAGACUGUAGCACCCUUGUUCCUUGACAUAAGGAUACAUCAUAAAACAAAUCAUGCUGUAAUGCACAUCAGUUCAGACAGCAUUCGUGGAGGUAUAAACAGACAUAACAUUUCAAGCCAUUUUGACCUGAAGAGUAAAACUCUAUUUCACUUUCCAAAUAUGCUGCCUAACCCCACUGAACAUUUCUAGCAAAGUUAUUUUUGUUUCAGAUUGCUAUGGUAUUUGCAUUUGCAUCAUGAAGACAGAUUAUCUGUCUUAAUACCAUUGCUGUAUGUCGGGCCUUGCUGUUCACAAUUAAGCUGCCAUAUUUCUCACAACCGUGACUAAGCCUCAGAAGUAUUUCUUUGGCUGUUAAGAACUUCGGGAAGAACUAAGAUUGUGAAAUGUACUAUGUAAUGCAAGUCUUUUUAUUUGUGUGAAUCAUUCCCAGGUUGAGAAGAUGAGUUGAACAAACAUUUUACAAAGGGACUAAGUUUGAGUUGAUGGUAAAAGGAGGGAGAUACAGUACCUGCUUGCAUGGUAUUAUUUCACAGUAUAUUACAGCACAUAACCAUUCCUAGUCAAAGAGUUAUUUUGCAAACUAGGGGUAUUUCAUAUAGUUAUAUAGAAAUCAAUAAAUUGUUUAUUGUAGCUGACUCUUUGAAAUGUGUUGAGAAAUCCUGCAGUGUAUGUGGUAAACUACACUGUGCGCUGUGGUUCACAAUCAUUGACCUUAGAAUUACAUAGAAGUUAGAGAUGCAUUACGUUUUAGAGGACGAACACUGCUUUCAGUUGUAUUUGGUAUAAUACCCCACUUAUUAAAAGAUAACUACCUAGGAUAGUAACAUUUAGAACAAUGAUUAUUUUCCUUCAGGUGAUUUGUUUUUUUAUAGAAGUCCAAAUCAUACUUACUUGGGAAGCAAUUACAGUAUAACAAUUUUCUGACCGGGUAGUUCAAUUAGUGGAGUAGCAUAGUCAUGCUGUUGUGAAGGAACCUUUCCUAAUAUUUAAGUAAACAGAGUUCUUCAUGGGAAAGAGCAAAUGUUGGAAUUGAUAGGAAGUUCAUAAGCAUUUGGAAAUCACGUUUGGGUAGAGAACAUUCUUUUGAAGGUGGUGAUGAAGUGUCGUUAUGCAAUAUGUAACCUGCCAAUUUCUAUAUAAAUGCUGCACUUUUCUAGUACUUUUAAUUUUACCAUUUGCAACUUCUGUCUUUUAUCACAUUACUCUUGUCUCACCCCAUCAAAAUCUAAAUACUGUGCUGACACCUUUCCUUUCAGACCAUGCCAUUGUUUCUAUUAGCAAACAUUAUAUUAUGUCUGUACUUAAGUGCUGAAUUCCCUUUGCACUUUACAUCGUUAAAAAUGUUCCAAAGUACAGAAAGUAAAAAUCAUUGGUCUGAAAAUAAA